AUGAACAGCUCUUCUUCCUCUUCUUCAUCAUCGCUAACAACUUCUCAACACACUCCCCAUGCCUCUUCCGAUAUUCACUUUUAUGCAUCUAAAAUGUUUUGUCAUGAAUGCGGAACGCUGCUAUCAUUUCCUACAGCCCCUACGGUAACGGACUGGGCCUGUUCUUGCUGUGGAACACGAUUUAAUAUUUCCGAUUAUGACUCGGUUCAAUUUUCAUUCAAGAUGACAAUUCCACGUAAAUCCAAAAUUCAAGAAUUAGAAGAACGAUUGAAAGAAGAAAAAUCAUCAGGAAAUGAAUUUUCAAUUAUUAAUGAACCAUGUCCAAAAUGUGGACAUUCCCAACGAAAGUUCUUUACCAUGCAAUUACGUUCUGCUGAUGAAGGUCAAACGGUAUUUUAUGAAUGUUUAAAGUGUGGAUUCAAAGAAAGAGUGAACAAUUAA